CCCCUUCUCUCUCUCUCUGUUAUACCUACACACAGGGAAAAUCAGCAGCAGGAGACACAAGAAACACACUAGAAAUAGAAGAAGAAAGAGGAAAGAAAGCAGUAAGAAAAUCCCAGUACGGUGAUUCUCUCUAUCUCUCUCUCCCUCUCUUAUACUUAUCGGCAUGCUUCCACAACAAACCAAGCCGGAAUCCGACCGUCCGGCACUUAUUAUCCAGCCUUCUUCCCCACGCUUUCCACUCCCCUCGGUUGGAACACCCACCUCUGGGGCCCACCGUAAGAUCGCGAUCGCAGUUGAUCUCAGCGACGAGAGUGCCUUUGCUGUGAAAUGGGCCGUCCAGAACUACCUCCGCCCAGGUGAUGCCGUGAUCCUACUGCACGUUCGGACCACCGGCGUUCUUUAUGGUGCUGACUGGGGUUCUAUUGACCUGUCCGUCGACACCAACGAUGAGUCCCAACAGAAGCUCGAAGAUGACUUCGACGCCUUCACCACCACCAAGGUCACCAAUCUGGCUCAGCCCCUGGUAGAAGCACGGAUUCCUUUUAAGCUUCAUAUCGUCAAGGACCAUGAUAUGAAGGAGCGGCUUUGCUUGGAGGUCGAGAGGUUAGGGUUGAGUGCCGUGAUUAUGGGCAGCCGAGGGUUCGGUGCCUCGAAGCGCACCAGCAAGGGACGCCUUGGCAGCGUCAGUGAUUAUUGCGUGCAUCACUGUAUCUGUCCCGUGGUCGUCGUUCGGUAUCCUGAUGAGAAGGAUGGAGCUUCUUCUGUAGCCGUCGCAGCUGACCCUGAGGCCGCAGCCAAGGCCGUGGCCGAUACGGAGGUAGAGCUUCACUUGGUGCCGGAGGAGGAGCAGGAAUAUCACGAUGCCUCCGACAAACAUAAAGAUACUUAAGAAGGUGCGUGGGUCAUGGCGUGGUCCUCUUGAAACAGACUUGCAGUAAGUGGAGGAGGGUUUGAGUAAAUGGGGGGGGGGGGGUAGGGAAAGCCGAGGUAUUUGAGAAAUGAAAUGAUCUUGUUGCAGUGGAUUCAUGCCAUGUAAAUUGGACAUUGAUAGUGUUGCUGCCGUCUUUCUCCCUCUCCUCUCUACAUCCUUUGAUCCUUGUCAACAGUGGGCAGUGGGAUGAUUGGUGAUGGUAUUUAUAUGGUUGAGGAUUUUCUUUAGAUUCUGUAGGUCUUCUCUUGAGAAAAAGGUUUUACUGCGUUCCUUUGUGAAAUAUGAGUUUCAGUGUUGUAAAACCAUUUAAAUUUCGUUGCAUAAUUCUUGCUUAAUUACUACUUUGGUUGGUAAGCACGGGGUUUGGCAGACUAUUAUUGCCUGAAUUAACAGGAAUUUGAACA